CGACUGAAUUUUACUAGAGUACUUUGCAGGGACUUCCCAGACUUGGACAGUGUUUUCUACGAAUUAGAAAAAUUGAAAGUGCCAAAAUACGAUCAUCUGAUGGAACUGUUUGCUGAUGACAAGGAGCGCCAACCCGAAACGGUAGCUGUCGGUCGCUGGACUUUGUCGUUGCCGUUUGUGCUGUCAGCAAAUCUUCAUGAAGGCGAUCUUGUCGCCAACUAUCCGUUUGACGCCACCACCAAAGAAGGCGUCAGCGAAUAUUCGGCAUCGCCAGAUGAUGGUACAUUCAGGUGGCUCGCCCAAACCUACGCCAAGAACCAUGCUCACAUGGCGAAGAACGAUCAUCCACCCUGCGACGGGACCAGCAAGGAUGCGUUUGCUAGGCAAGGAGGAAUUACAAACGGUGCCAAGUGGUAUUCGGUCUCGGGUGGGAUGCAGGAUUUCAAUUAUUUGGCUACAAAUGACAUGGAAAUCACACUUGAGCUUAGCUGCGAGAAGAUGCCAGACGGUAAAUUACUGCCACAGUUCUGGGAAGACAAUAAGAAAGCCCUCAUGGAGUACAUUGUACAGGUACAUUCCGGAAUCAAAGGUAUCGUGACCGAUGCAGAAACUAAUGAGCCAAUCUUCCAAGCGGGUGUAUGGAUCCGAAAUGGUACCAAUAAGAUGCCCAUCCGCCAUCCGGUUACCACAUGGGUUCUCGGCGACUACUAUCGUAUUCUGCCGGCUGGAGAUUACGAAGUAAUCGUUACGGCUGAUGGAUACGAACCAGCUGCCCGUAAUGUGACCGUUACCAAUAAAGUCCGCGAUAGCGCCAUGAUUGUGGACUUCGCUCUGAAACCCAUCGUUGAUCAGGAACCUUCAGUAAGUUGUUAA